AUGUGGUCGCGUAUAACGUGGGUUAUCUUCGUAUAAAAUCGGCUUUGUUGUUGUUUUUGCAAAUUUCUCCCUUCUUUUGCAGGGAUAUCGUGUGCGUCGGUGGAGUUCGACCGGUUCUGAAUGGGCUGAAGUCAGCGUUGAUUGAUGAGGAAAUUGUCGAGGAAGGCAGAUGGAACGAGUACCGCUCGAUGAGGUCGAUCUUAGAUAUUCAGGAGGUCGACGAAAUGAAUGUAAGUUGAGCUAGUGGUUUUUAAACUUAAAAAAUUUUUUUAACCAGACUGAUAGUUAAUUAAGGCAUUUUCGGAAAAGUUCCGUCAGACGACGUCGAUUUAUGCAACUAAUUUUACGUCUUCCAGAGUGAAUACAACUUUGCCUCGUGUGCAGAUGGAUACCCGUCGGAGUUCGAGACCUAUCAAUCGAUUAUUGAGACGGAUGAGAUUAGCGAGACCGAAUCCAUUUCUCCCAUAAACUACUCCGAGUUCGAAAAGAGGCUCAACUCUUCCCCUAAAAGCGAUCAGGUAAGCACCUUGGUUAUGCAAAACCAACUUGCUCUUCCAAAAGCACUUUUUCUCGCCCGAAAUAAUUGCUUUUUCUCGAAAAGGAAGAAAAAAGAUAAGAAAAUGCUUUUUAUCGAUAGUGACAUUUCGUUUUGAACGAAUCACCAAAAAGGGCGGGGAAUUUUUUCUUCUAUUUUCUUCUAUAUCUGAAGUUUCAGUCCUUCUUCUCGACCGUUCCUUUGGAUUGCAACGAUGAGAAGACCUUGGAGAGCGACGAAGGCGAACCAGCUGAACAAAUGAAUGAGGCCGGAGACGGACAUAAACACCAAGCCGAUGAAUUCCUAAAGGCUCUCAAGCAAAACGGUCCCUAUUACCUCAGUCCCGACUACUAUUACGGCAACUAUGAUCGGCAGCCGGAAAAGAAGAACGAGUUCUUGAUGCUGUAUCCGUAA